UUAGACUAUGUUUUUUGUGUCUUUUUUGUGUUUGUUGUGUGUGUUGUAAUUAGCUGACAGCAGUUCUUCAAUUUGACCUUGAGGUAAAAGUCAUGGGUUAAGUAUAUAUCUGUAUACAGUCAUUACUCUAGGGUAAUAGCAAUUAAGAGAGAUAGCAAGAUUUUAUAAAUGGACUUUGACCAGGCAACUUACUUCCUAUCUUUCUGAGAUGAGCUGACAUGCUGCCACACUCCAAGUUUUUACAGAAGCCAAGGAUGAGGACCUAUAUCUUUUGCUGGAUUUUUCUUUGCAUCCUGUUAUAUUCAGGGUCAUUGAUUAGGACCGUGACUUCCAAAAGUGACACAGAGGAUCAAACUGAUACAAGCAGCAAGCACACAGAGAAUGCUUUGGCCUGUUCCCCAUGUUCUUGCGUCUAUUGUAUCAUUAUUGGCACAGUUAGUGGCUUAGCUUUUGGCUUUGUGCUUGUUGGAGGUGCUUUUAUCUUCUGGAAAUGCAAGAAAUCAACAAUUAUGCAAUGCAUUUUCUCAGCAAAAAAGAAUGAUGGUCAACUAAAGACGGCCCUGCUGCAGAGACAAGCUGAGAAGACACAUGAAGAACUGGACGUAUUAUCAGCGCUGAACACUCUAAUGAAGGAACUGAAGAGGGGAUAUCGCCAGCAAAAGGAAGAAUUCAAACAGUUAGAGGAGACAAAUAAAGAGCUGGUAGAAAACAAGGAGAAACUUUGUCUGGUAGAAAAUGAAAUAGCAAAGAGUGAGAAAGAAAAAGAGACGGACAAAACAGAAAGAUACUUGGAGGAAAAACAAAGUCUAUUAAGUGUUCAGCGUAAACUGGAGAAGAGAAAGGAAGAACUAGAGAAUCUACAACUGAACAUGGAGAAACAGCUGCAACAAACAGAGGAUAUAAUGAGCAUGGUGACAGAAAGGAAGACAAAAGUAGAACGCGCUUUAGAGGUGAUUAACUCGCAGCUGGAGGACGCAGAAAGUCAAAGUGAUACGGCUCAUCUUCACACACAGUAGUGACAAUAACCUACUGCUACUUCACUGUUUAUUAAUUGUCCCUUGAAACUAAACUUAGGUUCAUAAUUUGGAUAGAAAAUUUUGUUUUAUAGAAUAGAAUUUCUUUUCUUUUAAACUGUGUACACCACGAUAGCAGAUUUUACCCAAGUAACCAAUAUGUAAUUGAAAAGCAGAGUUGCAUCAUUAAUUCAAAACAUUUAACAAAGAAUUUUGUAUUAACAUUAACUUAUAUUCAGUGGUUAUAUACAGUAUACUGCUUACACAGUGCCCCAUUUUCAGGGGCUCAAAAGUCACUGGACAAAGUAACACAACUUUAAACAUAAGGAUUGCUUCUAACAGCUGGAAAACUUUCUGUUGUUAAUGGCUGUUUGAAAUCUAGAAACCAUGGACAUCAGCAAGCUGUGUUUUUCUCCUUUGAGAAGCUUUGCAGGGCCUUUGUUGCAGCUGCUUUCAGUUGCUGCUUGUCGGUGUGUCUCUCUGCCUUCAGUUCUCCUCUUCAUUAACUGAAAAGUCACCUUCUAUUUGUUUUUAAAUCAGGUGACUGUAAAGACCUAAUUUUUUGACUUGAGAAAUUGUUGGGUCUUCGUCUUCUUGAGUGUAACUAGUGG